GGAAGGGGGUCGAGACGGGGGGGUGGACGUUUGGGGACGCGGGGGGGCAGGCGGCCGCCAUCUUCUCGCCGAGGCCGCCUCGCCCGCCGCGCGCGCCCGUCCGGCCGCGCACGGGUUAAGGCUGGCACCGCGCCCGGCGGGAGGGGGCGCCCACCUCCCCUCCCCCCCCCCGCGCCGGGCAUGCGGGGCCCGCUGGGCAGCGAGGAGGAGCUGCCGCGGCUGUUCGCGGACGAGAUGGAGAACGAAGACGAGAUGUCAGAAGAAGAAGAUGGUGGCCUAGAAGGCUUCGAGGACUUCUUCCCUGAGGAGCCCGUGAGCCUUCCCAAGAAGAAGAAAGCCAAGAAGCUCAAGGAGAGCAGGUCCAAAGGGAAGCGGAAGAAGAAAGAGGGGAGCAAUGACGAACUGUCGGAAAACGAGGAGGACCUGGAGAAGUCGGAGAGUGAGGGCAGCGACUACUCCCCCAAUAAAAAGAAGAAGAAGAAACUCAAGGACAGGAAGGAGAAGAGAGCCAAACGGAAAAAGAAGGACGAGGACGAGGAUGACAACGAUGACGGGAGCCUGAAGGAGCCCAAGUCCUCGGGGCAGCUCAUGGCUGAGUGGGGCCUGGACGAUGUGGACUACCUGUUCUCAGAGGCCGACUAUCACACGCUGACCAACUACAAGGCCUUCAGCCAGUUUCUCAGGCCGCUCAUCGCCAAGAAGAACCCGAAGAUCCCCAUGUCCAAAAUGAUGACAGUUCUGGGUGCCAAGUGGCGGGAGUUCAGCGCCAAUAACCCCUUCAAGGGCAGCUCCGCGGCCGCGGCGGCUGCGGCGGUGGCUGCUGCCGUGGAGACAGUUGCCAUCGCCCCUCCACUGGCUGUGAGCCCCCCGCAGGCACUGCAGCCUGUGCCCAUCCGCAAGGCUAAGACCAAGGAGGGCAAGGGUGAGGCUGGGGGGCCAGGAGUGAGGAAGAAGAUCAAGGGCUCCAAGGACUCGAAGAGGAAGGGCAAGGGGAAAAAGGCGGCCGGGCUCAGGUUCCGCUUCGGCGGCAUCAGCAGCAAGAGGAAGAAAUGCUCCUCGAGCGAGGAGGAUGAGCGGGAGGAGUCGGACUUGGACAGCGCCAGCAUCCACAGCUCCUCCGUGCGCUCCGAGUGCUCCGCGGCCCCGGGGAAGAAGAGCAGGAGGAGGCGCAAGAAGAAGAGGGCGGACGAUGGCGACGGCUACGAGACGGACCACCAGGACUACUGCGAAGUGUGCCAGCAGGGCGGGGAGAUCAUCCUGUGCGACACCUGCCCGCGGGCCUACCACCUCGUCUGCCUCGACCCGGAGCUGGAGAGGGCGCCCGAGGGCAAGUGGAGCUGCCCGCACUGUGAGAAGGAAGGGGUCCAGUGGGAGCCGAAGGACGACGAGGAGGAGGAGGAGGAGGGCGGCUGCGAGGAGGAGGAGGACGACCACAUGGAGUUCUGCCGCGUGUGCAAGGACGGCGGGGAGCUGCUCUGCUGCGACGCCUGCCCCUCCUCCUACCACCUGCACUGCCUCAACCCGCCGCUGCCCGAGAUCCCAAACGGUGAAUGGCUCUGCCCGCGCUGUACUUGUCCCCCACUGAAGGGCAAAGUCCAGCGGAUCCUACACUGGAGGUGGACGGAGCCCCCAGCCCCUUUCAUGGUGGGGCUGCCAGGACCUGACAUUGAGCCUGGUGUCCCCCAACCCAAGGCCCUGGAGGGCAUCCCGGAGAGAGAGUUCUUUGUCAAGUGGGCUGGGCUCUCCUACUGGCACUGCUCCUGGGUGAAGGAGCUACAGCUAGAGCUGUACCACACGGUGAUGUACCGCAACUACCAAAGAAAGAACGACAUGGACGAGCCGCCGCCCUUUGACUAUGGCUCCGGUGACGAGGAUGGCAAGAGCGAGAAGAGGAAGAACAAGGACCCUCUCUAUGCCAAGAUGGAGGAGCGCUUCUACCGCUACGGCAUCAAGCCCGAGUGGAUGAUGAUCCACCGCAUCCUGAACCACAGCUUCGACAGGAAGGGCGAUGUCCACUACCUGAUCAAGUGGAAGGACCUGCCCUACGACCAGUGCACCUGGGAGAUCGACGACAUCGACAUCCCCUACUACGACAACCUGAAGCAGGCUUACUGGGGCCACAGGGAGCUGAUGCUGGGGGAAGACGCCAGGCUGCCCAAGAGGCUGGUCAAGAAGGGCAAGAAGGUGAAGGACGAUAAGCAGGAGAAGCCUCCAGACACACCCAUCGUGGAUCCCACAGUCAAGUUUGACAAGCAGCCCUGGUAUAUUGACUCCACGGGCGGCACACUUCACCCAUACCAGCUGGAGGGCCUCAACUGGCUGCGCUUCUCCUGGGCCCAGGGCACCGACACAAUCCUGGCCGACGAGAUGGGGCUGGGCAAGACGGUGCAGACCAUCGUCUUCCUCUACUCCCUGUACAAGGAGGGGCACUCCAAAGGUCCCUACCUGGUCAGCGCACCCCUGUCCACCAUCAUCAACUGGGAGCGUGAGUUCGAGAUGUGGGCGCCCGACUUCUAUGUGGUCACCUACACUGGGGACAAGGAGAGCCGCUCUGUGAUCCGGGAGAAUGAGUUUUCCUUUGAGGACAAUGCCAUUCGGAGUGGGAAGAAGGUGUUCCGCAUGAAGAAAGAAGUGCAGAUCAAAUUCCAUGUCCUGCUCACCUCCUACGAGCUCAUCACCAUUGACCAGGCCAUCCUGGGCUCCAUCGAGUGGGCCUGCCUCGUGGUGGAUGAGGCCCACCGGCUCAAGAACAACCAGUCCAAGUUCUUUAGGGUCUUGAACAGCUACAAGAUCGAUUACAAGCUGCUGUUGACAGGGACGCCCCUUCAGAACAACCUGGAGGAGCUGUUCCACCUCCUUAACUUCCUGACCCCAGAGAGGUUCAACAACCUGGAGGGCUUCUUGGAGGAAUUUGCUGACAUCUCUAAGGAAGACCAGAUCAAGAAGCUGCAUGACCUGCUGGGGCCCCACAUGCUGAGGCGGCUCAAGGCCGAUGUAUUCAAGAACAUGCCAGCCAAGACCGAGCUGAUCGUCCGCGUGGAGCUGAGCCAGAUGCAGAAGAAGUACUACAAGUUCAUCCUCACGCGGAACUUUGAGGCGCUCAACUCCAAGGGGGGUGGGAACCAGGUGUCGCUGCUCAACAUCAUGAUGGACCUGAAGAAGUGUUGCAACCACCCCUACCUCUUCCCCGUGGCUGCCGUGGAGGCCCCUGUCUUGCCCAAUGGCUCCUAUGAUGGUAGCUCCCUGGUCAAGUCCUCAGGGAAGCUCAUGCUGCUACAGAAGAUGCUCAAGAAGCUGCGGGAUGAGGGACACCGUGUGCUCAUCUUCUCUCAGAUGACCAAGAUGCUGGACCUCCUGGAGGACUUCCUGGAGUAUGAGGGCUACAAGUAUGAGCGGAUUGAUGGGGGCAUCACCGGGGGCCUCCGGCAAGAGGCGAUCGACAGAUUUAACGCCCCUGGGGCCCAGCAGUUCUGCUUUCUCCUUUCCACCCGGGCUGGUGGCCUGGGCAUCAACCUGGCCACGGCAGACACCGUCAUCAUCUACGACUCGGACUGGAAUCCACACAACGACAUUCAGGCCUUCAGCCGUGCCCACCGCAUCGGGCAGAACAAGAAGGUGAUGAUCUACCGCUUUGUGACCCGGGCCUCGGUGGAGGAGCGCAUCACGCAGGUGGCCAAGCGCAAGAUGAUGCUCACCCACCUGGUGGUGCGGCCCGGCCUCGGCUCCAAGUCGGGCUCCAUGACCAAGCAGGAGCUGGAUGACAUCCUCAAGUUUGGCACAGAGGAGCUCUUCAAGGACGAUGUGGAGGGCAUGAUGUCUCAGGGCCAGAGGCCAGUCACGCCCAUACCUGACGUCCAGUCCUCCAAAGGGGGAGCCCUGGCCGCCAGCGCAAAGAAGAAGCAUGGCAGCACCCCGCCAGGGGACAACAAGGAUGUGGAGGACAGCAGCGUGAUCCACUAUGAUGACGCAGCCAUCUCCAAGCUACUGGACCGGAACCAGGACGCCACGGACGACACGGAGCUGCAGAACAUGAACGAGUACCUGAGCUCCUUCAAGGUGGCGCAGUAUGUGGUGCGCGAGGAGGACGGCGUGGAGGAGGUGGAGCGGGAGAUCAUCAAGCAGGAGGAGAACGUGGACCCCGACUACUGGGAGAAGCUGCUCCGGCACCACUACGAGCAGCAGCAGGAGGACCUGGCCCGGAACCUGGGCAAAGGCAAGCGUGUCCGCAAGCAGGUCAACUACAAUGACGCCUCCCAGGAGGACCAGGAGUGGCAGGAUGACCUCUCAGAUAACCAGUCUGAAUACUCCAUUGGCUCUGAGGAUGAGGACGAGGACUUUGAGGAAAGGCCAGAGGGACAGAGUGGACGGCGACAGUCCAGGAGGCAGCUGAAGAGUGACAGGGACAAACCCCUGCCACCCCUUCUUGCCCGUGUGGGCGGCAACAUCGAGGUGCUGGGCUUCAACGCCCGACAGCGGAAGGCCUUCCUGAACGCCAUCAUGCGCUGGGGCAUGCCCCCCCAGGACGCCUUCAACUCCCACUGGCUGGUGCGGGACCUUCGAGGGAAGACUGAGAAGGAGUUCAGAGCCUAUGUGUCCCUCUUCAUGCGGCACCUGUGUGAGCCGGGGGCUGAUGGCGCGGAGACCUUUGCGGACGGCGUGCCCCGUGAGGGCCUCUCCAGGCAGCACGUGCUCACGCGCAUUGGGGUCAUGUCACUAGUUAGGAAGAAGGUCCAGGAGUUUGAGCACGUCAAUGGGAGGUACAGCACCCCGGACUUGAUCCCUGAGGGGCCUGAGGGCAAGAAGCCGGGUGAGGUCAUCUCCUCUGAUCCCAACACGCCAGUGCCUGCCAGCCCAGCCCACCUCCCAGCUGCCCCGCCGGGCCUGCCAGACAAAAUGGAAGCCCAGCUGGGCUACAUGGAUGACAAGGAGCCGGGGGUGCAGAAGCCAAAGAAGCCCCCAGAAAUGCAGGCCCUGCCAGCUUCCUUGGACAGACUGGAGGGUGACGACAAGCAUGAGAGCCCAGAUGGCAAGGAGAGGGCCCUGGAGGAGCGGCGGGAGGAGAUGGAGAAGGCCCAGCCCUCCCCGGAGCAGCUAUUAAAAGAAGAAGUACUUCCUGAGAAGGAGAAAAUUCUGGAUAAGCUGGAGCUAAGCUUGAUUCACGGCAGAGGGGACGGCAGUGAUUUCAGGCCAGAUAACACCAAAGCUGAGGAGAAGGAGCCCAUUGAGACACAGCAAAAUGGUGACAAAGAGGAAGACGAGGAGGGCAAGAAGGAGGACAAGAAUGGGAAGUUCAAGUUCAUGUUCAACAUUGCAGAUGGGGGCUUCACAGAGCUACACACCCUGUGGCAGAAUGAGGAGCGUGCUGCUGUGUCCUCGGGGAAAAUCUACGACAUCUGGCACCGGCGCCAUGACUACUGGCUGCUCGCGGGCAUUGUGACGCAUGGCUAUGCCCGCUGGCAGGACAUCCAGAACGACCCGAGAUACAUGAUCCUCAAUGAGCCCUUCAAGUCUGAGAUCCACAAGGGCAACUACCUGGAGAUGAAGAACAAGUUCCUGGCCCGCAGGUUCAAGCUGCUGGAGCAGGCGCUGGUCAUCGAGGAGCAGCUCCGGAGGGCCGCGUACCUCAACAUGACCCAGGACCCCAACCACCCAGCCAUGGCCCUCAAUGCCCGCCUGGCUGAGGUGGAGUGCCUGGCUGAGAGCCACCAACACCUGUCCAAGGAGUCCCUUGCUGGGAACAAGCCUGCCAAUGCCGUCCUGCACAAGGUCCUGAACCAGCUGGAGGAGCUGCUGAGUGACAUGAAGGCAGACGUGACGCGCCUGCCCUCCAUGCUGUCCCGCAUCCCCCCGGUGGCCGCCCGCCUCCAGAUGUCAGAGCGCAGCAUCCUCAGCCGCCUGACCAACCGAGCCGGUGACCCCACCAUCCAGCAGAUAUCUAGCCGUCCCCGAGAUUUCCCUCUGUUGCAGCGCUCAUUUCCAGCUGAGCCACGCCUGCUGGGCCACCUACCUGACCCCCACGGGAGAGAAAAGCUACCGCCUUUUUAGGAGCCACCUUGGGACAGAAAGGGCGAGGGAGCAGUGCCACCAUAUGGGGGAUGCGGUCCUGUCCGGCUGGUCCAGAGCCCAGAAGUGCCACCUCAUCCUGAUUCCAGUGCACCACACAGUGUCACACCCACACCAGGACGGGGCCCUGGCCGCCUUGGCCAGAACGACUUCCUAGAAGAGAUUUCAUUUAUUUGUGCAUCUUUUGCACUUUCCUGUUGAAAACUUGAACGAGUUUGUCUUGAUAAAAGUUGAGUGACACAUGUUGGGGCCUAACCUGCAGCCCUGCGUCUCUCUGUCAACGGGCUCCAGACCAGAAGGGAAGCUUCCAGAAGCCCUGCUGCUGGCAGACUUGGCCUAGCCGGGGAGAAUGCAGCGUCUGCCCUAGGAGCCCUCAGGGUGCCCCUUGCCCACCCAUCCUGCCUGACUGCCCAUGCUCUGCCCCUGCCUGCUUGGGGCCUCCCGCGCCAGGUGGGUCAGGGCUGGGGGGCACUGCCUGGCCGGAGGGUAGAGGCCCUGGGUCAGGGCGGGGCAUUUAUUCCACCCGCUUCCCUCCAGGGCUGGAAGCCACCAGGUACGUGCUAGCUCUGGGGGGUAGGAGGCUCUGUUGGCAGGUGUCUGUCCCUGCCCUGGACUAUGUUGUCACUCGCAGAGGGCCUGUGGCUCCUGCCCUGUGUGGCAAGCUGCGGCUCGGGGACUGUGGCUGUGGCAUGUGCUCCCGGAAUGGGGGAGGGCCUUGUGCACGUCUGCCUAGGGGCCUCCAGACCCUUCUUCUCAGGCCACUGUGGGAAGGGAUACUGUGGUUAGCAUCCCAGCAGGGAGGUCACAGCAGCCCAGGAGCCCCUGGCCCUGCCCUGUGCCCUGGGAGGCCCCUCACCUGCCUCCAGGUACACACUCUCCGUGCUGUCUCAUGGCUGCAGAUGAGGGGAAACCAGGCCACCCUCUGAAGCCUGGAUUUAUCUCUGUCCUCUUGUCCCUGGAGAGGCCUUGGUCUGGGCACUUGCCACCUGGGGCAGGGUACCCUGCCCUUGUCUUUUCAGGUGGCCUGGGGAGAGCUCUGCCUGAGGCAGGGUUCUAGACCCAGUGGGCUCUCCCAUCCUCCCAUCUGGAGCGCUCCGGCUUCCUGCCUUGUUGGCUGCCAGGAAUGCCGUGGGAAUCCUGACCUGACCCUCCCCAGCUGGUGGGGUGACCCCUGUGAUGGCCCCAGCUGGGGGCGGGGAGAGGGGUGGGCCAGGCCGCAGCCGGUGUCUGAUGCUCCCUCAGGCCUAAGUUCACCCGGAAGGGGUUUCUGAGCUUUGAACAGGGGCUCCCUGGGGAGGGGCCCUGGGCGCAGAAUCCUGUCUGAGUGAGAAGCAGGUUGGGUCUGGGGAUGCUGGUACCAGUGGGGGCUUAGCUCAGCUCCCUGGCCAAGAUGGGGGCUAGGAUUUGGGGCUUGUUUGGGGGACACUUGGGUGACUGGCUGGCCAUCAAGAUCCCCAGAUGUCCUCAUCUGUACAUGGCUCUCUCUCAACCCCUGGAGGGCUGGACCCCCAAGGCCCUUCCAUUUUGGUGUUCCCGUACUCCAGUAUUGAAUUUCCAAGGCUGACUCAACCUUGGCCUUGCGGGUGGGCCGGGUGGGGUGCAUCCCGGAAGUGGCACGCAGGUUUCCAGGACACGCCGUAACAGUGGCUGACCUCACCUUCCGGGAAGGGUGAGGUCAUUCCAGUCCACUGUGGCUCGUCCAGAGCACGUCGACAUCGUGAGUGUUGUGCCCUCUGGGCAGUGCCUCCCUGCAAAGGUUCUUGGCUCAGGCCACCAGCGGGGUGACUGCCACAACCCCCACCCAUCCCAGGGCCCUGUCCUGCUCCCUUUUCAGACUGGCAUCACCCCUGUGGCUGGCCUCAUUGGGAACGUGCCAGCGUGCCCUGGCCACAGUGGACGGGUCCUGAGUGUCAGGCCCAGAGGCACAUGGUGGCAGGUCAGGGGUCUGCAUCCCCACUGCCCCGCGUCCACGGGCUGGUGGUCCCUGCCCUGCCAGCACUCCCUCCCUGGGAGCCACCCUCUGUCCCAGUGUCCCCCCGCAAACUCCGACCUCAUCAGUCCCCCCUUUGCACUUCUCUGCCAUGGCUGGCCCCCCCGGCACUGCCUGGUCCAGGGAGAGCUCAGCAGUCCAUGAUGGGCACCCCAGAGCUUGGGAAGGGGGCUGCAGAUGGUUGGGGCAGGGGCUUCUGCUUGACUGGUUUUGGAGAGGAUCUUAAGACUGUCUGCUUGGUUCAUCAGUUACCGCCUGUGGAGUGGGGAUGGGGGUGGCCACCCUCUUUGGCAUCUUCAGGCUGGGCUGGGUCUUUGCUGCUGGCAGGAUGAGGGCCGUAGUGUACAAGCGGAAUCCCAAAGUGCCAGCCUGCAUUUGUUUCCAGACACCUUUUUAUUUAAACCGGUGCCCAGCAAGGUGUUUGUCAAACUGCCUUUGGGACAGGGUCUUGGGAAGCACUGCCUGCUGGGCUUCCAGGUGACAAGGGGGGUUUGGGUUGGACCUACCGUGUCCAGAGGGCCUUCCUCUCGCGCGUGCCCACCAUGGAAGCACAUCUUGAGACCCCCUGGGCAGACCCUCCCUGCAAGCCACCCUCUGAAGUUCCUUUGUUUUCUGCAGAUUAUGCCUAAGGUCCUGGUAAUACCCUCUUGCUCGUCGGAGGCCCCUUCCCAGGGCCCUCUGGGGGCUCCCUGGCCUGGGUUGGGGGAUGGCUAAGUCUUGUCGCAGUGAUACCUGUAGCCCUUGCUGAAGGUGGGAUCCAGGGCUCUUUGAGGGCCUGAGGGUGCGCUAGGGGACUGGACUGCCUCGUGGGUGCCAGGAGUGAGGUGUAGAGGGACAGGGCUUGGUCAGGACGCAGGGGCCGAGGUUGUGGCCUGGCCACGUCCUAGGGUCCCUCCCUGCACCUGCAGCUGUCCUGUGCCCACCACUCUCUCCCUUGAGGAAGCUGGUUCCUACUCCAUUUUAUAGUCCCAGAAGUUUACGAGUCUUGGUGCAUCAGCCCAAAGUUAUUGGCGUUGUGUUCUGGGUUUUUUUCUUAGUUUUCAGAUUUUUUUUAAACAAAGUAUUUUUUUAGGUGCAAUAACCCAGAAAGGGCCCGUUGGGUGUAUGUGUAUGUCCUGAACCCUGACAUCGAGAUGGCAGCCCGAGCCCCAUGGCUCCUCUGCGUUCACGUCUGGAGAUGAGGGAAGCCGCCCGCUCCCGGUGCGCCAGAGCCCCUGGGUGUGGGGACGCAGACCCCAGCCCGCAGCGGGCCCAGCCAGGAGGGGCCGGGCCCCUUGCUCCAGUGCAGCCCCAGGCCAGCGGAGGGUCCCGCCUGGGAGGGUCCCGGCUGGGGCUGGGGCCGGAAGCUGAGUCUGAGUGGUGAUGCGCCAGUUCUCGGGAGCACGUGGGGGGCUCGACAGAUUGUAGCAACACAAUCCCGACUUUGUACUCUGUGUCUGUGUCUUGGUUUUCUGUGUUUUAAUAAAUCCUUUGGGA